AUGAGUUUCAGGUCAGCCCAUGACGAGCACAAUUUUUGGGCCCAAUCAGAGACUUAUGUGGAGCUCGAGCGAGUCAAUGAUUGGCGAACCGGAGAUCCAUCUGCAACCGUGGCAAUGUUACCUGAAUGGUACUUGUUUCCUGUAUUGGGUGUUCUUUUAAUGGUUUCAAUACCAGCGGGAUUAUUAAACGUACCUUUUUUGGGAAAAUGUGAAUAAAUCCCUAAAAUCCAUCUCGUAGGCCAGCAGCUACAUCAGCCUUUCUGAUCGGUCUUGUAGUAACAUUAUCCAAUGAUAAAUCUCUUACUUCGGAUCCUUUUUAA